CAAUAGUCGACCGUUAGAGAAGAGAGUUGUUCCGAUUUUUUUGAACUUUGAGCGUCAACUUCAAGCAAACGAUCUAAAUCUAAACAGCAAUAGGGCUUAGCUCACUCAAGGACAAAAGUCUGUCAAAAAUUCUAUGGAUCACAGCUUAAACUAUACCCCAAAUUUCUCUGCUUUUACUUCGGAUUAAAAAACUUCAACAAGAAAUACACACCUCCAAACAGAGAUGAUGUUCAUGAGGCGCCAUGGCUGGCAACGCCCUCUCCACCCUUUACAGAUGGUGGGAAUGGCAGUUUACUGUUUUCUGGUUGUGGCCUUCUACGCAUUCCUUGGACUUUUCCUUGGAAACAGAAUUGCUGAAAUUACAGUCACUGCAAUCUUUACUUUUGUGGCAGUUUCGGUUAUGUUCCUGUUUAUUAGGUGCAUUGCCAUUGAUCCAACUGAUAAGACCAGGUUUAGAAAGAAGAAAAGAGCUAAAUCAAAUGGGUUUUCAAAGUUAAAUUAUGGGUUUAUAUUGAGUCAGAUAUUUGUGAGGUUUUUUAGAAGGAUAGAAAGAAAGAUCCUUAAAACUUUUAUAAGGAGAAGGUAUUUGGACCCUUUAAAGGUCAGUCCUCAAAUGGAGCCAUUGCUUCCAUUUCCACUUGUCAUGAAGGAUGAUGCAGUUUCACCUGAUCCAAAAGAUGAUGACAUAUCUUAUUGCUCGCUAUGUGAUUUUGAGGUAAAGAAGCACAGUAAGCACUGUAGGACCUGUAACAGGUGCGUUGAAGGAUUUGAUCACCAUUGCAGGUGGCUAAACAACUGUGUUGGCAAGAGGAAUUACACAACUUUCAUUCUUCUGAUGAUAUUUGUCUUGUUAAUGUUGAUUAUAGAAGGAGGAACUGCCACUGCCAUAUUCGUGAGGUGUUUUACUGAUAAGAAAGGAAUAGAGAGGGAGCUGGAGAGGAGGCUACAUGUAGAGUUCCCAAGAGCGGUUCUUGCCACAAUAUCAGUUUUGUUGGUUUUAAUGACAGCUUAUAGUUCAGCAGCCAUGGGACAACUUUUCUUUUUUCAUGUGGUUCUCAUACGCAAGGGAAUGAGAACAUAUGAUUAUAUCCUGGCUAUGAGAGAGGUGAACGAAUCAAUGGAACUAGAUCCAUUUGAUGAUUCAGAUUUCUCUUCAGACUCUGAUUUUGACUCUCCUAAAAAAUCAACAAUUGUUUCACGCUUUAUUUGUGGUCAUAGGGGAAAUCAGAACCCUGCAAGUCUGUCAAUAAGAAUUGAUAGAGAUCCCGAGUCUUCUACCUUAACCAAGAAACAAGGCUUUCACGCAAGCAUCAAUCCAUGGAAACUAAUCAAGUUGAGCAAAGAGAAAGCUCUGCUAGCAGCCGAGAAGACCAGAGAAAGGAUUAUGAAACAGAAACCAGUAGAGCAACCAUUAAGGCCCCUACCCUUGGAGACAAAAUGUGGACCAUUGAUGAACCAAGACAAGAAUAUGACCACUAUGGAAUCAGGUUCAACACCACUCGUUUCCAAAGGGAGGGCCCCAGUGUCACCCGGAAGGUUCUCAAGUCCAAGAAGGCGAUUUUCUGGCUCCCAGAGCAUGUUUUCUGGCUUUAUUCCUUCGCCAAAGAAUAAGUACAGAAGUAGUUUUGAUUUGAAGUUGACAGAAGUUUCCAGGGAGCUUGAAACCUAUAUUUCGAAGCAGGUUUUAUGUUCUGUUAUGAAGAAAGAUGCCCAUGAGGCGUCCCCAAAAUAAUUUAUGCGCUUGAGUUCUCGAAUUCUCAGCCUCUGAGAAAGAUCUGUCGAUUAAUUAAGUGUAUUAUAGACGAGUUUCUAAGUGAAGUGUUUAAUCUAUACAUGUGUUUUGUUCCUUUAUUUACGAAUUUUGUAUUACCUGGAGCACUCAGUACAGAUUCUUUUUUUCAUUGGGAAAGAAGGACCAAGUGUACGAUCCUUUCCCUGGAAUA